UGUAUUUAAUCUAGAAAUUGAACACGUAAAACAUAGAAAAUUAUGGGUUUAGUUCAAUUUCUAUGAUCUUCAUAAUAGAUUAUAUAUUAUUUGGGCUCAUCAAUACAACCCGAAUGUGUGAUACUUAAAAUCCAGAUUAAAGCAAGAAAGAUCAACCAUAUGAAAUUGAUAAUGUGGCUUUAAAGCUUUUGUACAAUGUACCCAUUCUAUUUCAAUAAUUCAAGUACAAGAAGCUGAUAUUCUCAUUAAAUUGGAGUAGUAAUAAAUGUAAACUAGUUCAGUCUGUAUUUUGAAAGUGAACUGCUCUGUAAUGAAUUAACGGUGUGUUUGGAUUGAAGGAAAUGGAGGGAAAGGAAAUGGAGAGAUGUGAUAUCUUUUAUUUGGAUAACAAAUGAGAAAGGAAGGGAAUUGGAGGGGAGAGAAAUAGAGGGAUUAAAUUGUAGGAAAAUGAUCCCUCCAACAAUAGAGAGAUUUAGAAGGAAAACUCACCAUUCUUCCCCUCCCUUUUUCUCCUUCCCCUCCUCUUCUGCUCCCUCUCCUUCUUUUCCUUCUCCUCCUCUUUUCCUCCCUCCCCUUCUUUUCCUUCCUCUUUCUUUAUCCAAACACACUGUAAAUGAAGUUGCUAGCUCGCACAAUUUUAGGAAUUUCUCAUAAUAUAAGGAGAGAUAUUAAGAUCUUUUAGAUUUGGGGUUCUCUAAAAGGAAAAGUGAGCCCUCCUUAAACUUGAUCAAAGUGUGGGUCGAGCCGGGUUCAGGACCGGGCCAAUGCCAAAAAAGCAGCCCAUAUCUUGGGACGGGUCAGCUUUGGGUUGGAAAUUGCAUGGCCAAACCCACCCAAAAGGGCCAGGCCAUGAAGGCUUUUGGGUUUUCUCAGACCGGGCCAAAAAAAACAACUAAAAAUGCAUACAAACACAUGCCCAAGCCCGUCCAAAAAUAUAGAAAAUUCGGGCCGGGCCAGACCAGUCCACAUAGGCCAGGGUUGUUUUUCAAACACCCAACUUGUUAGCCCGACUAAAUUUGACAUGAACAAAAAAGCAUCCAAUUGGACCGUCCAUUAACCAGCUAGUUGUGUAAAUGUGUACUCCGAUCAACGCCCAAAUGAGCUAUUGGGUAGCCACAAAACAGUUACUCAUAGAAUGUUGUUUAUACCAUCUCAAUAGCGUGUGUCUUUCUACAUCUAGUGAGGAUGUACUAAAAUUGUUUUUGGUGGUUAUGAACUUAUGAUAGGCUGAAUCAUACAAUACAAGUGGGAUAAAAUAGAGUCAUACUAAUAUCCUAGUGAUUGUUCAGUUGAACAUAAAAAGUAAUAUUUCUAAAGUUUCUAUUUUACCUGAGUAAUCCCAUUUUCUAGAAAGUGCCAAAAGUUGUUUAUGGGAAACUCUGAGUUCCAGUGCAACUUCCUUCAUAAUGCUUUUGUCCACCAAACAAACGUGGUAGAAAUUUCUACUAUACUUCAAGUUUUAGAGAACUCUUUGCUGAUGCCUUAAAUCGUAGUGUUGGUUGCAGAAAAAAUGAGUGUGUGCCAGACAUGCGGUCAGAGAGGCUUCCCUGAACUAUUAGUUGUAUGCAGCAAGUGCCAAAUUGUCUCCGAACACGUUUACUGCCUUAAUAAGUUAGCAGAGACAGAUGAUGAUGAAGUCGAAUGGACUUGUGGAUUUUGUGAGCCAAGGGUCUUUGAACUGUCUGAUUCUACAAACAGUGUUUCAGACACAGAAGGCGGUGAACUUAAGGAUGAUGCAAAGGAGCCGCUUCAUACAUCAAUAAUUGAGGAAGCUCAGAGUGUGAGAAAUGCCGAUGCUGGUCCAUCAACCAAUGAGAUACAGUUAUUCUGCAGAGAUUUGGAAACGAGCCAUGAUCCAAAAAGGCAAACGCACAAUUAUGUUGUUGGAGACCUGCAUUUACCAGAUGUAGACUCUGAAGCAACAAGUGCUAGGGCGGCUAAGUCUGGCUCUCCGGAAAUAUCCUGUAUCCUUGAAGAUGACUUCUGUAGCAAUAUAGAGCCGCUACCUGAUCCUAUUUGGAAGGGAAGUUUUAAGAUAUAUGGAGAAAAAUCUUGUACUGUCCAUGAAAUGAUGGCGCACUUAUCCAAUGAAGCAUGCAAAGAAGCAUUAGAGGUGACAAAUUCUAUGCCUGUGCUCCUAUGCUUAGAGAUGGUUUCCAAAAUCAACAUCUGGCCUAUGAAGUUCAAGAAAAUGCUGCCAACAGCUAAUAAUAUUGCAGUGUACUUUUUUCCUGAUCACCGAACUGAAAGAAUGUACGACUGCCUAGUGGAUGACAUAGUUGACCGUGAAUUAGCCAUGAUUUCAAGGAUCAAUAAUGUUGAGCUCCUGAUCUUUUCAUCUUGUGAGCUGCCACCAAAUUAUUGGAGAUUCAAACAGAAAUACUAUCUAUGGGGUAUGUUUAGGAGAAAGAAGAAAACCUUGCCUCAACACCAACAUGAUGAUUCUUCAUCCAGCAUACAUAGUAGCAUCAACCAUACAGUUCCUUCAAAAUUGUCAACUGAAACAGGUGCUAAGGAAACUGAGUCUGACACAGAGAAUUUGGCUAUUCUUCCCCAAUUCGCCAAGGACUGGAAAUAAUUUGACGAAUGCGAUGCAAUGAUUUUGUGCUAACAACAAAGCUAGGAAUUCUGCUAAAAGCUAAGCACAGCAUG